AUGAAGCUACUCCGCCGCUGUGGGAGUCAAGUUUUCCUCGGAGGAGGUCCCUCAGACGAUUUCUCCCCAGAUUUGAAAACCACUGUAAAGAAACAAUUCCACGUUCGAGACGCUGAGAAGCGACGCGAGCGGUGUUACGACGGCGAGGAGAUGGAGGGCUUUUUGCUUGAGUGCUUCGGACACAAUACGCCUUUACUUGACUUAAUACCGGAUAUUUCCAAAGCAUAUUCUGCCCACAGCGAGUCCGAGGUUUUGGGCCAGCAAAUACGAGUGGAGCACUGCAGCUGGAUCCCAGGCCCCAAAUGGGAUGACAGACUGGGACAUGCGGUUCUUAAACUCUUCUACCCCGAGCACGCCGUUGGUUGCACGUGGGUUGAUCAUCCUGAGAUCAACCUUUCUCCCGAAUCUCAGACUCGCUCGAUGUCAAGGCUAUACUACCACCCCAUCGGCGACUCCCCUGUUGGCAGAACCGCUGUUUGUUCUACCUCGCAUUGGUAUUUAAGAUCGUUCAAGCCGAAGGCCAUCAGCAUAUCUCAGAACAUCGUGCUCACUCGACCCAAGUGGUGGGGUGUCGAGCGACUUGGAGAGCGUAAAACAGCGGAGAAAAGUCGCACCAGAAUCGGAAGCACUGAGGGUCCCUUGCAAGUCUUCUUACGGCUGGUCUCCCCUAAGCAAACCGAAGACUCGACGGAAGACAAUCAUUCCCUCCCCACUGUGCCCACGGCGACUCUGGGAUAA